AUGUUUGUUCACAAACUACCAAAAGUUAGGGCUAUUACCUUCAAUAAAUACGGCUCUCCUACAGAAGUUCUUAGAGCAGUUACAUAUCAAUUACCACCACUAACACCAACAACAUUACACUUAAAAUUUCUCGCAUCACCAAUUAAUCCAUCGGAUAUUAAUCAAAUUGAGGGAGUUUACCCGGUCAAACCAAAUUUUAGAACUUUAGGAGAGCAUGAAAAAACUGCCGUUGCUGGGAAUGAAGGUGUUGCACAAGUAAUUGGUGUUGGCGAUAAAGUUGAAGAUAUAAAAAUUGGUGAUUGGGUUGUUAUGGGUAAAUCUGCGUUUGGAACAUGGCGAACACAUGCUGAUGCAACACCAGAUGAUGUUAUUCGUAUUCCACAUGAAGGAAUUGGAAUAGUCCGAGCUGCUACUUUAACAGUAAAUCCUUGUUCUGCUUAUCGUAUGUUAAAAGAUUUUGUCGCAUUGAAAGAGGGUGAUUUUAUAAUUCAAAAUGGGGCAAACAGCGGUGUUGGUCAAGCAGUGAUUCAAAUCGCUAAGGCAUGGAAUAUAAACACAAUAAAUAUUAUUAGGGAUAGGCAAAAUUUUCAAGAGUUAAAAGAUUUUUUAAAAUCAAUCGGCGCAACAUAUGUAAUAAGUGACAAAGAUUUACAGGCAAAAAAUAGGGAAUUUGAAUGGAAUAAGGAUAUAGAGGGUAAAGGAAUUGCUUUAGGUUUAAAUUGCGUUUGUGGCAAAAGUGUAAUUUCCAUGGCAAAACUUCUCAGGCACUCUUCUCCGUUAAUAACAUAUGGAGCAAUGUCACGUCAGCCUUUAACGAUUCCAGCAUCGCAAUUAAUUUUUCAAGAUUUAAGAUUUUUUGGAUAUUGGAUGGCAAGAUGGAAUAAAGAAAAUCCCAAAGCAAAGAGGAUGGAAAUGUUGAAUGAUAUUAUUGAAUUGAUUAAACAAGGUAAGUUAAGAGAUGUCGUUUGCGAAGAAAAUAAUUGGGGUGGAGAUGAUAAGGAAGAUGUAAGUGACGAUGUAUUGACGCAAAGAUUUUUGGAGAUAUUUAAAAAGGCUACGGAAGAGUUUAGAGGGGCAAAACAGAUUAUUAAGAUGAUAUAA